AUAGAAAUUCCUCGCAUCGAUCUGAUGAAUGAAAUGCAAGAUCUGCUUCAAUUGAAGUUGGACACGCCCCCAGUGGAUCGCUCGCUGAAACCUGUGCGCAGUUUGGAGAACAUCAAAAGCUCCAACAGUUCUUCGGCCAGCCCGGAAAAAUGGGCGCUGCCGCCGCCGCGCCCCACGUUGCCCUCUAUGUCUUCGCUGUCUUCAACCCAAAGCCGGUUUUACCAUUCCAGCCACCAUCGGGAUACCCGCAACCUGCUGCAGUCGCCCCAGGACGAGUCGUUUGAGUCUCCACCUGAAGCAGCUGCGCGAAAAGUGCCCCAACUGGACGUAAUGAACAGUUCAAAGCCCUUCGUUGUUGCGGGCGGGCGCACUGAGAAUGGCGAUCCGGUUUUCUUCCUCGCCAAUAAAAGCCAAGUGAACGUAGUGAAGCUCACACCUCCAGCCCAGUGUUCAACCAGUAGACGAAAGCCAACCGAUGUCACAGAAGAUCUCAUCUGCCUGGACACUGCUUCGGACCUGGACGAUUUCGACCCGUUAAAGUCAUCGUCUUCGUCCUAUUCAACGCCAACUGAUAGCCAGGUGCCCCCGAUGAGUGUCCUGAAUCCUCUGUACAAUUCGUCCUACGAGAACCAUGAAAUCAUGUCGAAUGGAACGCUGAUACACAACACUUCAAGCUUCAGCAGGCAGGAUCAGGAUUUGCUGCAGGAUUACGGGCUUCAUUUCAACUUCAGUGCGGAGACUCAAAGCGGUUUUGAUAGUGGUGCAUCUGCUGAACCGAGGCGAAUCAAUACGCAAAAGCAAUGGACGAAGUUUGAUUAAUCAAUCAGGCUUCGAUUGUUGAAACCGCGCGUUUUUUGGGUCGCCACAGGCCAAUCUUCACCGAUAUUAAUUAGUCUUCAGGGAUUCAAGAAUAUCAGUUUGCUCUUUAGCUGGACGCAAUUUGAACGUUAGUCAAUUAACUAAAUUAUCACUUGCUUUGGAAGGUUUUACAUUGUGAUUGAGCUUGGUGGACCAAGCAAGCCUAAGUAACAGUCCUAAAUUGUUUUAGUUAGCAAAUUAAGUGUAGCAAUUAAGCCUAAAUUCACUUUUUCAUUGUGAUGGCCUAAAGCCCGUGUCCCAUGCAUCCGUUUAUACGAUGGUACGAUGAUACGAAAGUGUUUCUAUUGGUUGGAGGUCAAUUCGUGCUACGUUCGUAAGACGGCGGAUGAAUUGACAGAUCUCCAACCAAUAGAAACACUUUCGUACCAUCGUACCAUCGUAUAAACGGAUGCAUGGCACACGGGCUUAAGCCUAAUAUUGUUAUAUCGGGUCGAAAUUUGACAACAGAUUUUAUUACGUACUGAUCGCAUUCGCAUGAACAAACCGUAACAUCCAGUUAUUAAUUUUAGUGAUAUAUAAAGUAAUUUUAAUCGAGAUACAUAUUUUUAAACAUUUUAUAAAAUUAACAGUGUAACGUAAUUUAUUUAGGUAGGACUUGUGAGUGAUUUUCCGAAGAUUAGGGGAGACAUUGAUUGUUGUUCACAUGCAAAAUAUCAACAAUUUUGGAUAAAACUCCAACUUCCACUGGGAAAAUUGCCAUUUUUUGCUUCCAGGAAUUAUGUUAAAAAUAACGCAAAUUUUUAACCCAGUUUGCACGGUCUGUUGAAGCACUCGCUUUUUGCGUAGGUAGUAACUUUGAUAAAUCCUGCGAAUAUACAUAAACAGCGCAACUCGUUGCUAGUUGAUUAUAAAGACCAGACAAUGCAUCAACUUAAGAUUAGAAAGCACUGUAUCUGUUUAUGAAGUAAUUUUCCGUUAUUAUCUGUACAGACUUAGCUGUGAUAUGAAACAUUUUAUAUUAUAUUUCAAAUGUUUACAAUUAAUUUGUUUGUUUACACACAUAUUAAAUAAAAAUUGUAUUAUUGAAAAUCGGCUUCGUUCGAAUUCCCGUCCCUGGAACGAGUUUUAAACGUGUUUUACCCAGUUUGGUCUAAAGAUAUCGUGUGCAAAACGGCAACUCUGCAGCGUCCCUGUUUCCCAAACAGAUCAAUACAGUCCCUAGCAGGAAACCCAUAAGAAGUCCAACAAUGACCGACGUGCAGAAUGGAUUGCCGCCCGGUUGGGACUGCAAAUUUGAUGAAAAUUCCGGAAAAUUCUAUUACAUACACCAUUACAGUCGCAUCACCACCUGGGAAGACCCCAGAAUUCGGCAUCGGGGGGCUCAAGCCCCCCUGAAACAAUGCCAGAGUAUCGCAGUGGAACACAUUCCUCUACAGCACAGAUCACCGGACCUCAGAAGAAAUUCUGUGGUUCACCCCAGUCACUCACCCCCAAUUCAGGCUUUCCUGCUGAAUUCACGUCACUUCCAGGAGCCCAAACCUGCAGCAAGAAGCCCGUUUACAUUGAGAAGCGCCAAGGUUCCAGAUCACCCUUCCACUAACGAGCGCUAUGAUAGUAACGGAACUUCCGUAGAUGAUCCCGUUGCAAAAAUCAGCGCCAUGUUUCCCACUGUUUCCGAAACUCAUAUCAAACUGCUGCUCAAUAAGUAUUUGAACCGGGAGGCCUUGGUGAUCAGCGCUCUCCAAGUGGAGAAACACCCCAUCACCACCCCAGGGCCCUUUUCAACGCCGCCCCCGCAACGAAACCUCCAAAACACGGUCAAGGAGGCUCUAUCGAGGACAGGGAGUCCACGAUUUGGCGCGUACAGAAGCUCCCCAAACCCCCAUUCAUCCCCCAAGCUAAAGCUAAGGUACAUGAAGUCGAUAUUUCCAAACGCCGAUGAGACGCUGAUUCUGGAAUGUUUACAAAACAAUGAGAACAGCAUUCAAAAGACGUCCGAAACGCUAAACGAAAAGGGCUACAGCAAGAGGGACACUGUGAAACUGGCGACGCCCAAACCAGACCCCAAACUUGGCCAGGCUGACAAAGUGAAAACUCCCUCGCCGCUGAAGACCGGUGAAGGACAAGCUGAAGGCAAAGUACCAAGAUGUCCCUGAGCAUCUGAUAUCCAUCGCCUUGGAAAGCGUGCACUUUAACGAAUGCAGGGCCAAUCAGAUCCUGGAUAUCAUGAAGCAGGAAGACAACGAAGUGGCUAGUGGCAGAAAUGGAAAGCACCCAGCAGGCACAUCAGCAGUGACCUCCCCGCAAACAUUCCCAGUUGUAAACUGCAAUAUCCCGAUCACCCAGAGCCGACAGUCCAUAAAGUCCCUACUGAAAUCCGAAAAAAGCGACAACGCGAACAGAUUCAGUAGAAACAUCGACGAAAACAACGCCGGGUAUAAAUCAGCGCUGCUGAGCAACACUCAGGGGCAUAACAGCAACCAUGCCAAGGGGCAGAACCAGAAGCUCCUUCUGGAAAACUACGUUCAAUGGCAGGGCCCCAACAAAACCCUCGCUAAGGGCCCACAAGCUCUAUCCAGAGGAGCGAACAGAGCGUUGCUGUCGACCAAACUGUACACACCCUGUGGCCCAAAUGCGGAAUAUCGCAAAGGUUUUCGGUUGGCCAAAGGGAGCAUCUUUGCUCAAAUUAAGGCCGUAGUUGUGGGCGACUCCAAUUUGGAUUAACCGCUCUAAAAGUGUUUCCGAAACCGAUCCAUAUAAAAUGUUUUAUCAGUUUUUAGUUUCAGAAAAAAUAUCGUGCAGUGUGAUAAGAAGAUAAUCGAAGAUUUUGAUCAACGGCGAGUGGCUUAAGCUGUGUCCCACACGUCGGUUUAUACGAUAGUACGAUGAUACGAAAGUGUUUCUAUUGGUUGGACAGAUCUCCAAUCGGGCUUUAGGUGAUCUUUACUACUCAGCAGGGGAGCGCAACGAAAGUUUCACUUUACAAAAUCCGAUUUUAUUGUCUAACCUUAUUAAGUAAUUGUAUAUACUUU